AUGAAAAUUGACGAGUCUGUGGGGCCUACCCUCAGCCUUUUUAUUCCGUGCAACGGCAGUGCGGAGUCUUCUCAGACCUUCGCGGCGACAGCAACGCCCACGAACAACGGCUGUGGCGCACACGCCUUGGCGACGGGGCGGUUGAUGGAUCUCAGUGCCACGUUCACCUCGCAGUACUCCUACGGCACGUCGCGCUACCUGAAGGAGGUCCAGCGGCGGCGGGAGGAUGUCCCCGCGCUGCGGGUGCUGCCCAAGACGCACCUGCUCGCACAACUGGUGCUGCUGGAGCAAACAGGGCGGGAGUUGUCGACGCAGCAGGAGAAGUUGGGCCGCCAUCUGAUUGCGCAGAAGCGCGAGGAGGAGCGUCUGAAGAGGGAGGAGCAGCGAGUGCAGCAUAAGAACCGCGAACGGUUUGAUGAGCUGAAGAAGAAGCAGGCGGCCGAACUAGCUGCCUUGAAGGAGAGCGUUAGCAGCUUCCAGAGGCAGAUUGACGCGGAAGUGAAGGAAAAGUUGCGUGUUGUCUGCAUGCUUCAGCCCCGCAUGAGUGUGGCGGCCACCGUUCUCGCCGAGGUAAAGAAUGAGGGGUCUCCCUGUUUGCUCCUUGCGGAGAUGAUGGAGGAGGAAAGGCGCCUGUCAAAGGCACUCAAGGUGGAGAGCCGGCACAGCAAGGGCUCCGCUGACAGUGGGGCCCUGCCGCAAUGGAUGCACAUCUGCGUCGCCGGUUCCUUCAACGUGGCAGCCAUUCUACAGGACGUCCCCUACCGUGCUACGGUGGAGGAUGCAAUCAGGGUCACCAAUACCUCUCUGCGUAAGCUGGUUGUCGUGCGUCAUCUCUAUGACAAGCAAGUCGUGGCAUGGGUGCAUGUCCGCGCAGGGUCCGACCCCGCGGCACUGGCUGCGGAGUUGGCGCGGCUGCCCGCCCCGGUAGGGUUGCCAGCCAAAAUGAACUGCGGCGUUGUGUGGCCCAAGGAGGACAUUGCUGAGUUGACUCGCAAGACAAAGGCGGCCACCGACGUGGAGUUGCAGCAGCAGCUGCGUCCAGUCGUUGACGUGUCAGGAGCUUCUUUCAGCUGCGCCGGCCUCACGACGCAUGAGUUUACGAAGAGGGACGUGGACGUCAUUGGCUCACUGGCGUCUGCCUGA